AUGUGUCAAAAAGUUACCAAUCUAUUUGAUUGUGGUCAUACCAAAGAACCCUCCGUGUUGCACCCUAAAGACCCCGAAGACUGCCCAGAAGCCGUACAAGCAAAUCGCCACAAUGCAAGAACCGGCAAACUUCUUCCUUGCCUAGACCCUCCAACAACUCGGGCCAACACUGGGGGGUAUUGUCAGACCACGAAAUGCAAGAAGUGGUAUCUCAAACAAUAUGGCUGGUACUGCUGCCAGUGUCAAACCCAAAUUGAUGGAGCAGAUGAACUUGGCAAUGUGUAUGAUACUUGCUUCUGCGAACACUCAAUCUGUCGAAAAUUUCGAUCAGUUGUCUCUCAGGAGGAUAUUAAUCACCAACCGCGAUAUGAGGACUAUUAG